UGAAAAAAAAAAAAAAAAAAAACCCAGUUCUGUUCUUAUUUUAAUAACAAACCUCUCAAGGAGCAGGAGGCCUUGGCAUCCUGGGGAGGGACUGCUCAAGCCUGGAGUGCCGGGCUGUUGGGCCUCCUGUGGGGUAGGGGUGGGCCCUGGUCUUGCCAGGCUCUGGACCAACCCUCCCUCCCCCCUCUUCAGCCUUUAGGUCAGACAUUCUCUGUUUUCUCCCUUCUCUGAGACCCCUCCCAGCAGAGUCGAGAGCGCUGACCUGCUAAUUUGCUGACUUGCUAACCUGCUAACUCACUAACAUGAUGACGCAUUAACUCACUAAUGCACUAACUUGCUGUCCUGCUAACUUGUUGCUUCACUAACUCGCUGAUGCACUAACUCACUAAUGCACUAACCCACUGACUUGCUAUCUCACUGACUAGCUAACCCACUAAUGUGCUAGCUUUCUGAUGUGCUGACUCGGGUCCUCUGCCUGCAGAACUUUUGGAGAUUUAUAUUCCGGAAGAGCCUGCCCUCCACUUCCCUUUGUCAGAUGGACUUUGCCGUCCUGGGCCUUGGGGACUCCUCAUAUGCCAAGUACAACUUCGUGGCCAAGAAGCUGCACCGCCGACUGCUGCAGCUUGGGGGCAGUGCCCUCCUGCCGCCCUGCCUCGGGGAUGACCAACAUGAGCUGGGGCCAGAUGCUGCUAUUGACCCUUGGCUGCGAGACUUGUGGGUAAGAGUGCUGGAGCUCUACCCAGUGCCUCAAGGCCUCACUGUGAUCCCUGCUGGAGUCCCCCUGCCCUCCAAGUUCACCUUGCACUUCCUUCAAGAAACUCCUAGCACAUGUUCUGAGGAGCAGAGGGUGGCCAGCCCAGACUCCCAAGGUCCCCCAUCAGAGUUGCAGCCCUUCUUUGCACCCAUGGUCUCCAACCGGAGGGUCACUGGACCCUUGCACUUCCAGGACGUUCGGCUGAUUGAGUUCGACAUCACAGGCUCUGGGAUCAGCUUUGUGGCAGGCGACGUGGUGCUGAUUCAGCCCUCAAACUCAGCUGCCCACAUCCAGCAGUUCUGCCAGGUACUGGGCCUGAACCCUGACCAGAGCUUCUUGCUGCAGCCGCGGGAGUCAGGUGUCCCCUGCCCCUCAAGGCUGCCCCAGCCCUGCUCCAUCUGGCAACUCGUGUCCCAGUACCUGGACAUCACCAGUGUGCCUCGCCGCUCCUUCUUUGAGCUCCUGGCCUGUCUGUCUGUCCAUGAGCUAGAAAGGAAGAAGUUGCUGGAGUUCAGUUCUGCCCAGGGCCAGGAAGAGCUCUAUGAGUACUGCAACCGGCCUCGCAGGACCAUCCUGGAGGUGCUCUAUGACUUCCCACACACAGCUGGCACCAUCCCACCAGACUACCUGCUGGACCUCAUCCCCCCAAUCCGGCCACGAGCCUUCUCCAUCGCCUCUUCUCUGCUGGCUCACCCCUCACGACUGCAGAUCCUCAUGGCUGUGGUGCAAUACCAGACCCGCCUCAAGGAGCCCCGCCGUGGCCUCUGCACCUCCUGGCUAGCGUCCCUGGACCCUGGGCAAGGACCUGUCCAGGUACCCCUGUGGGUGCGGCCUGGGGGCCUGGCCUUCCCAAAAACACCGAACACACCUGUAAUCAUGGUGGGGCCUGGGACUGGGGUGGCUCCCUUCCGAGCAGCCAUCCAGGAGCGUGUGGCCCAGGGCCGGACUGGAAACAUCUUGUUUUUUGGCUGCCGCUGGCAGGACCAGGACUUCUACUGGGAGGAGGAGUGGCGGGGCCUGGAGAGGAAGGGCUACCUGACCCUGGUCACGGCCUUCUCCCGGGAGCAGGAGCAGAAGGUGUAUGUGCAGCACCGGCUCCGGGAGGUUGGGCCACUCGUGUGGGAGCUGCUGGACCACCAGGGCGCAUACUUCUACCUGGCAGGCAAUGCAAAGAACAUGCCAGCAGACAUCUCGGAAGCGCUGAUAUCCAUCUUCCAGGAGGAGGGCGGGCUCUCCAGCCCUGAUGCAGCGGCCUACCUUGCCAGGCUCCAGCGGGCGCUGCGCUUCCAGACUGAGACAUGGGCCUGAGGGUCUGUCCUGGCAGCCCUCACCCAGUCUGAUGACUGGCCUCCCAGGAGCCCAUCUGGCAGCGGAGCUAUUGUCAUCUCCAGGACCUGUCUGUGUCCAGGAUCUUCUCAGGCCAGGAGGACAGUCUGCUCCCCAUGCACAGCCAUACUCCUCUUGACUCCCGAGUCCACCUUGUCAUCCUGGCCUCACUGCAGCCUCCAUUGGCCCCUCCCCUCCCUCAGCCUGACACAUAACUCUGUGUCCAUUUCUCCCCCAUCCUGAUCACACAGGUAUAAAGACCCAGGGAGGCAUGGGCAGCCUGAAGGGCACCAGGAGGUCUGCUGAGGGUCCUCUGCCCUGGGGCCUCCCCAGCUUCUCCCACUGUACCCUGUAGAAACUGUUAGCCAGACACCCCCGACACCCAUGGGGCUCAGGACAGGCCACUUGGCCCUGCUUCCUGAGGAGGGCCAGGCUAGUGUAGCCCCUUCCUCUCCUAGUUCUAGGAAAGCCUUGGCAAUAAAUGAUGCCACCAGCUGGCCACUUGCUACAUGCA